UUUCAGCUGAUGACAAUGAGGGCAGUCGUGCUGCUGGCUGCCCUGGUGGCAGCAGUCGCUGGCACCGAGACCUUUGUUGGGCAGCAGGUGCUGCGCAUCCUCCCCACUAACGAGGAGGAGCUGCAGACGGUACAGGAGCUGCAGAACCUCGAGGAGCUGCAGCUGGAUUUCUGGCUGGAACCUCAUGGCCCCGGGUACCCGAUCGAUGUCCGCGUGCCCUUCCCCAGCCUGCAGCCCCUCAAAGCCCACCUGGAGGCCAAUGACAUCUCCUACUCCAUCAUGAUUGAGGAUGUGCAGACACUGGUGGACCAGGAGCAGAUGGAGAUGCGUCGCAGCCGCCGCGGGAUGCCCAGGUCCACCAGUAGCUUUGACUACUCUGCCUACCACACUCUGGAUGAGAUCUAUGCCUUCAUAGACCUGCUGGUGGCUGAAAAUCCCAACCUGGUGAGCAAGCUUGAGAUUGGAAGAUCAACAGAGGACCGUCCCCUCUACGUGCUCAAGUUCAGCAAGGGGGGUGAGAACCGCCCAGCCAUCUGGAUCGACACCGGCAUCCACUCCCGCGAGUGGGUGACACAGGCCAGCGGCGUCUGGUUUGCCAAGAAGAUUGUUCUGGAUCACGAGAAUGAUGAGGGUCUGGCCUCCAUCCUGAACACCAUGGACAUCUUCCUGGAGAUUGUCACCAACCCAGAUGGCUUUGCCUUCACACAUACCACGAAUCGCAUGUGGCGCAAGACCAGGUCCAAGAAGUCUGGCUCCAUUUGUGUCGGUGUGGACCCCAACCGCAACUGGGACGCAGCUUUUGGAGGGGCUGGGGCCAGUGCAAACCCCUGCUCAGAGACGUACCAUGGACCCUAUGCCAACUCAGAGCCUGAGGUAAAGGCCAUCGUGGACUUUGUGAAGAGCCAUGGGAACAUCAAGGCUUUCAUCUCCAUCCACAGCUACUCCCAGCUCCUGCUCUACCCUUAUGGCUACACCAACACCCCAGCGCCUGACCAGGAGGAACUGCAUGAGAUCUCCGAGAAGGCAGUGGCAGCUCUGUCCUCUCUGUAUGGCACCAAAUACAAGUAUGGCAGCAUCAUCAGCACCAUCUACAAAGCCAGUGGUUCAACUGUUGACUGGACCUACAACCAGGGCAUUAAGUACUCCUUCACCUUUGAGCUGCGGGACACAGGGCGCUACGGCUUCCUCCUUCCUGCCAAGCAGAUUGUUCCAACUGCUGAGGAGACGUGGUUGGCUCUGAAGGUCAUCAUGCAGCACACGCUGGAUCAUCUCUACUAA